AUGUCAGCCAGUUUCCGCUUCCUGAGUCUUCCUGCUGAACUGCGGAAUGAGAUAUACAAGUAUCUCCUAGUCUACAGACAGCCUAUUGAUCCCUGGUAUAGAUGUCAUGGGCUAGAGCCCAAUAUCCUCUGCACCAACACAAAAAUCCUACACGAGGCCAGGUCAAUACUGUAUGCCGAGAACUGCUUUGAACUCCGCGCGUCGAAGUCUGAGCGUAUACCCGAGUUUCUUGAUACUAUUGGCCCUAUCAACGCAUCUCAUAUUCAAUGUGUUCGCAUCGAUUUCCCCACACCUCGCGAGCACGAAGAUACGGUCAGCCUGGAGGAAGACAGCCUUUGUAUCCUGGAAAAAGUCCAGCACCACUGCUCCAAUUUGAAAAAGGUUAUCACAACACCAGAAACCAUAAAUCUCAUGGAAAAUUGA